CGAGGGAACCUGCUCAACAACGUGAUGCGCAAGUCCUUCCUCUAUACCUUAUUCAUGCACCUCGACGUCUUCAUACUCGUACUCAGCGUGUCUCUCACCGUGGUCGCCGCCUUCGGCCUGGUGGGCGCGCUUCGCGAGAACAUCGCCGUGCUCGAGGCCUACCAGAGCCUGCUGGCCCUCACGAUCCUGCUCAACAGCGUCGCUGCCGUCGCCGGCACGCUGAUGCCGCAGUCGGCGCGCAACCACCUCAGGCAGACCGCAUUCGUCGAGUUCAUCCAGGGCUACCGGCAGACCGAGUACUUCCAGCACAUGAUGGACGCGCUCCAGAAGUCGAUGCGCUGCUGCGGCUUCUCCGAGGACACGUUCCGCGACUGGAACCUCAACGAGUACUUCCACUGCGCGUCGGGAAACCCGAGCCGCGAGCGUUGCUCGGUUCCUUUCUCCUGCCUGCCGGAGCCGCGUUCUGAGCGUCAAUGA